AUGGCAGACAUAAUCAUUAAGCCAGAUCCAGAGGCAGCUGUCGAUUCACCUAGGUUCAUGGAGGAUGAUGAUAUAUAUGAGGAUGCUGGAGAUAUGGCGAUCAACCAAGAUCCGGGUUUUCAAAAGCUAUGGUUAGGUCGUGUUCCCAAGUAUGUUUGGGAUGCAUGGGAGGGACUGGGGGAAGAUUUGGAUGAGGAAAUACAAAUUGGUACCAUUCGAAAUUGCCGAGAGAGGAUGCCCGAUGGAACUGUUAAGGACUCCUAUUCCAUGUUACUAAAUUCCAAUAUUGCCCAGCAUCAGACUGUUCCCAAGGAAUACAAUCUUGAUAUCACCAAUCAGAAUGUCAAGAAUACUUUCAUCUUUUCGGAAAAAGAUCUGCCAGGAUUCAAGUCGAAAUCAAGACAGAAGUUCGCUUUGGAGACUGCGAAUAUGCCAGCAAGACUCACUCGUGGAAAGAUCGAGAAGCCGGCGAAUAAACAACCUUGGGACCCUAACAAGAAGUUCCAACCUCAAUUCCGAAAGGCAAUCCCAAAGAGAACAACUCUUGCCGGUAGGGUUGUACAUGAAUUGAGUUGCAUUGCUGUACAAAAUGAAGAAUCAAACCGUCUUCUGGCCAUCAGAACUUUGGAAGCUAUGAAACCCAAAGUCGCCACGAAGUUCCUCAAUGAGGAUAUUGAAUUGGGUCAUGGUUUCAUUCAGCCUGGUACCAUCAAGGCCUCAGAAACCUUCAACAAGUUCAUUAAAACCAAGAAUCAAACUAGUGGUGGCAAACCACAACUUACUAAGGCUGCUCGUAUGCCACAAAAUGAGCUUUUCGAUAGGAUCUUCGAUUGUUUCCGUAGGUAUAACUAUUGGUCCAUGAAAGCACUGCGUGCCGAGCUCCAGCAGCCAGAAGCAUAUCUUCGUGAAACACUCGAGAAGAUAGCCUUCCUGGCCAAGACUGGUCGAUUCGCAACACAAUGGUCAUUGAAGCCUGAGAACAGACUUAACAACUAUGAGGGUACUGGCGAUGCUAUUGCACCUGGCGAGGAUACAGACCUUGGUGAUGAUGACGAAGAUGACGAUGAGGAUAUGAAGUUUGAAGACGUCUAA